GACAAGAAUCACUGGUGUUAGUUUUAUGUCAUUGGUGCUCUGAAUUUGUUGGAGGAGAUUGUGUUGAUUACAGCCACAGUAACGUGCCAGAUGGAAUUUACUUGAUAGCAGUGGUGGUAGUGUGGUCCGGUUUACACCUCAGUGUAAUUGUCAUGUUUUCUGUGAAAUGGAUAAACUCAAUUACCCAUAAUUCCAUGUGACCUACAUCCUGUCUGGUUGUUGAAGAUGAACCCGCAACCAGGCAAGGAUAACCAGGAUGUGAAUGAUGUCCUUCUUUCUAUCCAGAGUAGUCUCGCACAUGGCUUGCGUCAUGGUGACAGGGAUGCACGACAUGCUGCCUUCCUUAAGCUGCAGAAAAAGAAUUCAAUCAAAGUGAAGUGCGAGUUUAAUGGAGAAAACAGGGUGAUUCAGAUGCCUCGGCCAGUAUUGUAUGAAUAUCUCCAGGACAAGCUCAAGGAAAUGUACACCAUCAACCUGAACAUCUUCUACACACCGCCAAAUGGAGAGCUGUAUGUUCCUCUCUGUAACCAGAAAGAUCUCGAAUCUGCAGUGCAGUUAGUGGAUCAGAAUCAGAAAACGUCCAGUUUACGAAUAUUUUUAACAAAUGCAGUGACGACUGCCUCCAGUAACACCCAGAAGUCUCCUAGAACUGAAAGAAGUUCACCAAGUCCUCCCCCAGGAUCCUUACCCCCCAACGAACGACAUUUCAGUCGGAGUAGCUCACACAGUUCACUAGGUCAAGGCCAGUUUAUUCCGGAACCGGGUCAGAAUAAUAAUGCAUUUUCAAGCCGGGACUCGUUGGACAGCUUGUCAUCCAUUGACAGUAGUUACAUUAGUGGACACAGCAGUAAUAACACAUAUCCAGCGCGGGGCCGACGUGAUUCACGACGUAGUGUUCUGUCUGAUGAUGGCAAAGACGAAGACCCUCAUGCUCGAAAAAUUUGUGGGACCUUCCCACGUGGAUACGACCCAGUUAAUCAUCAUUAUGUAGAGAACGAAAGAACAGGUCACCAGACAUUUCCCCGCUCAGCGAUUCGUCGCAUUGACCUGGAGACGAUGAGUGUGAGGUCGUUCAAUUCGCGGAGCAGCGCUGACUCGCCCAGCACGUGCAGUAGUAGUAGCAGCGGUCUUCCAGCCGACCCCAUCGACAUAGACUCGCCCUCCAUGUACAACAUAACCAGCCUACAGUUCUCAAAAUCUCCGCGAUGCCCAAUUAACUGGAAGAAAGGAAAGCAGCUGGGGGUUGGAGCGUUCGGGGAGGUGUUCAUGUGUUACGACGUCGACUCAGGGGUGGAACUGGCUGUCAAGCAGGUCCAACUCGGAGACCUGAACGCAGAAACUUCAAAGGAAGUUCGGGCACUGGAAAACGAACUUCAACUUCUGAAGAAUUUUCAACACGAGAGAAUUGUCCAAUAUUUCGGCUGUCAGCAAGACAACAAAGUCUUAUCCAUAUUUAUUGAGCUCAUGCCUGGUGGUUCUGUCAAGGAUCAUAUUAAUCAGUAUGGUGCCCUGAAGGAAAUCGUGACAAAGAAAUACACAAAGCAGAUGUUGGAAGGUUUAGCAUUUCUACACAUGAACGUCAUCGUUCACAGAGAUAUUAAAGCUGCAAAUGUGUUGCGAGAUCUUCAGGGAAAUAUCAAGCUGGCUGAUUUUGGCGCCAGUAAACGGCUGCAAACAAUCUGUAGUGCAAGUAAUCUGAAGACCGCCCUCGGCACUCCCCACUGGAUGGCCCCAGAGGUGAUCAAUGGAGAGGGAUAUGGACGGAAAGCUGAUGUGUGGAGCCUGGGAUGCACCAUUGUGGAAAUGCUCACUAAAAAGCCACCGUUUGCUGAAUACGAAUCAUUUGCCGCCAUGUUCCAGAUUGCUACCUGUAAAUACCCCAAAUACGACCUCCCCCCAGACACCUCAGUGACUUGUAGAGAGUUUUUGUCAUUGACAUUUCAAAGGACUGGUCAAGAGAGACCAUCUGCAGAUGACUUGUUACGGCAUCGGUUUCUCAAUGGCGUCUCAUAGUCCAGACUUGGAAUUAAUAUGGCUCACGCCUUGUUUUAUAAUCGAUGGCUUAUGCCUGUCUGUUGUUGGAAAGUGUAUGAAAAAGUAGGAAUACAUAAAAGAAAUGGAAAGAGAUUUGUUUUAUGAUGUGUGUUCACGAUGAAUUCUGAAGAUUGAUUGGAGGAAAAAUUAAAAGUGUAAUUUAACUGGAAUGAGAUUUGGUGUUCAGUUGAUUUAUUUUUUGGUGUCGUGUUUCGAUGAAUUCUCAGGAUGGAUUCUGAGUAAAGUGAAAAGUAUAAUUUAACUGGAAUGGGAUUUAAUAUUCAUCUGAUGUUUGGUUUCAAGGAGGAAUUCUCAGGAUUAUUUGAGAAAAAAGGGAAAGUGUAAUUUAACUCGAAUGGGAUUUUUGUAUCCAUCCAAUGUUUAGUUUUACAAUCUGUUGAAUUCUCUAGAUGGAUUUGAGAAAAGUGGAAAGUGUAAUUUAACUGGAUUGGGAUUUUGGUAUCCAUCCAAUGUUUAGUUUUACAAUCUGUUGAAUUCUCUAGAUGGAUUUGAGAAAAGUGGUAAGUGUAAUUUAACUGGAAUGGGUUUUGGUUUUCAUCUGUUUGUGGUUUUUCGGUUUGCCAUUAUGUAUUCCCACUUUCCAUGCAGUCAAACUAUACCCACCAAGACAUUGUAAAUGCCAGUGUGUUUUAAUAUUCUCUGCUAAUGGAGGAAUAUGCCUUCCGGUGUACUGCAGUCUCGACUGUAUGAAAAAAACAUAACUCCUGAAGACAAAAGAUCAUUAACAAGGGGAGGUAACUAACAUGUGGAAUUAACCCAAGAAAUAUCAAAGAACAUUUCACAGAGCACGUAAAACAAAACAAAACCACGGACUUGCCUCAUGUUAAAUAUAAUCGGAAUGUGUUUUCAUUUGCCAACAAGCGAUGUGUGUACCUGUACAUAUAUUACCAUUCAUAUUGACCGGAUCAGACGUAGUGAACAUUAGUUCAGAAGGAUUCUACAUCUAUGCAACAAUGAAGUCUUAUCUUGGACUUCGUAGCUGCUGGCGGCUAUGAAGUUUUGAUAAAAAGUCUUCAUCUUACCAUGACAUUCUCAUACCAAUGUUGAAGUCUCAAGUUUUUAACCCGAUAUUAAGGCACCAAGAGUAACAAAGAAUUUCAGGAACCUUUAACAACACUACCAUGAGGUCUACUGUAUAUAAAUCUUUCAUAGUUGGGAGAUUGAAUCAUGUGAAAAGAAAGAAAAUGUAUCUUGGCAAUAAUGCUUGUGCUAUUCCAAAGAAAGAUUGUGGAUUGAAAAUAAGUGUGAUAUAAUCUGCGUGUUUUAUUUGUGAGGACAACAGCACUUCACGAAGAUCCAAAUUCCAUUUCAAGUUCAGAUGUCGGAGAAGUGAAAAGACUUCAAAAUCCAGAAAUUUCACUUCAAGGAUCAUGAAAUUUCCUGAGCUGACUGAUUUCAUUUCAGAGGCAUUUCAAUAAGUAACCUGUAUUUUACUUCAAGGAAAAAAAGACUUCAUGAACUGAAGGUUUCAAUGAACUUCAACAACCAGCGGCUUUCACUUCAAGAAGUCACCAAGUUCACUUCCAGAAUGCAGAAACUUCACAGGCACUUCACAAAAUGAUUAGUCUCAUUUCGUGAUGAAGAAAACUGAAGCACCAGUUUCAAUUCAGGCUUGAGUAAUCUAAUGAAGUUGUGGACUUCAAUUAAAGAUCAGUAGAAUGCCAUCAAAUUGUGGAUCGGACUUCAGAAAAAUGUUCGGAGUCACUUCAUUUCAUUUCAAAGAGAGAAGAACUGAAUAAAAUAACCAAUUUACAUGAUCCUACACAUUUUGCUCCAAGAUCAGAAGAAUGCCAUGAAAUUGUGGAUUUGACUUCAGAAAAAUACUGGAGGCACUGUGACUUCAUGAAGUCAUUAAUUUCAUUUCAAGGAAAGGAUCUGAAAAAACCCACCCAAUUAACACGAAAGUACAGAUUUCACUUCAAGGUCGAGGUCAGGAAUAUAUGGAUUCUACUUCGUAAAACAAAUACUGAAUGACUGGAAUUUAAGUAAUUGUGUUCAUUUUCAGAUGAGGUCACGGUCAGGAAUAUAUGGAUCCUAGCCUAUUUCAUAAAACAAAUACUGAAGGACUGGAUUUUAAGUAAUUGUGUUCACUUCAAGAACAGAGGAACUGGAUGACAACACAAGUCUGAAUUUCAAUUGCAAUGUCAACACUUCCUCUAUGAUUUUGGCCACAGACCUUUAUUAAAAUUAAUGUGUUGGCUACUAUAUAACAAUUAGUUUAUGAUAUACUGUACAAUUGAAAAGAUAACAUAAAAAGUCAAGCCAUGU